CUGCAUCCCCCGAUUAGCACGGUUGGCUACGUGCGGUGCGAAAUAAGUUCAGCAUACAUGCAUAUUCGAAACGAGAUGUUACAAAUGAUUACGACAGCUCGGGCAAUAAAUAUGAGGUAGACAUUGCAGACAGCACCCACAAUCGAGGAGACAUACUCUUGAUGGUGAGAUCGACCGUGCCUUUGGAGGAAUGUCCUUUCUCGGUCCAUAUUAUUGCUUUGGCGUAUGGAUCAAAUUCUUGGGCACGUGACAAAGACAAUAAAAAGUGCACAAAGGAGCAUAUGGGGAGCGAUACCUGUUGAGAAUUGCGCUGAGACAGCCCGAGGGACUUGUGGAUUAUAUAACAAAAGUAAAUCAGCAGUGGAUAGGUGAUAUCUUGAGGAUGACUAUGAUGAUAUUGAUACGAGCUUAACGGUAGGAUAAAGUUUAUCUUUAUUCAGCAUGUUUAUCAGUAGGAUGGUUUAUCUGUAACCUGAUUUUCUGCAUGAAAUCUGAUAUGCAGCAGUGUAAACCUGUUGUGUAUCCGUGAUCGGGUGUAGUGGUAUAGUCCGGUCCGUCUAGCAGUUGUGUGGCUGAGCGCUAACAACACGGUCUGAAGUCAAGUCUGAUCUAUCUUAGUGGCUGUCUAGACUACCUCGCCAAUAUAACGUGGUCUUGCAGCUGUGGUGUUGUCCCGUGGUGUGUGACGCAGCGGUGUCUGGGUGUGACGGGCUGUGUACAUCUGCGCCUGACGGGGGUGUUGGGGGGCGGAGGGGUAUGCAGCGGAGCCGUCCAGCGGUUACACAAACCGGUCCAACCGCUCGGAGGAACCACCGGGCAGGAGCCCUGCGCAGUGUCACGUCGAUGCACGGCACCGUCCAUCUCGCUUCAAAGUCAAACUCUGCGAGUUUACCUUCUUUAAAAAAAUAUAUAUAUACAGACAUGUUGGAAUUCCCCCCCCCCCACCCCCCACAAUUUUAUCUCAAUUGUGCCAUCGAUGUUGAUGGCACGAGACGACAUAUCCAUACGGGCCUUUCUCACAGAGCAGUGCGGAAGCCUUCUUGUCGGCGAACGGCCUACGGAAGGAGAUAUUACAGAGCUACCUGUGAUAUUUCUUCAAGUGACCUGGUCGACAGUGUAGCGGGCGCAAUUUUCCUGCUCACUUGGGAUUUGAGAGGUUUGUCGUCGUGUGACGGUCAAAGCGAUAUUUUUAUUAUUUAAUCUGGAAUUUUUUACAAAUUACAGUGACUCCAGAAGUAGUUCCGUAGUGUCUUUUUCAAGGGCCAUUUACUGAUGACAUGAUGCUUCUGUUGGAUAUGGUGCCUCUUCACCUUGUGACACUUAAAGCACAGUUGUGGCGUAAUCAUGUAAUAAUUUCCGGGCCAUUUGUCAAUCCUACUGUUAAACGUACUUCCUGCGCUAUGUCGGCAGUGCCACUUGUUUGACCAUACUCCACCACUGGUUAUUCGUUUGGGGGAGUGGAUGGGGGGGGGGGCAGGCAGAGCCACUUCCAAUAUCGGCUACAUACGGCGUGAAAGAAGUUCAAACAUCACACCUACAUCACUCACCGCUUGGCUGCAAUCCGGAAUCGAACUUGGGUUUAUAGGACAUGGCGCUAUAAACCCCACUUUCACCGCCUCCAGCUAAUGUACAACUCGUGCUAAAUCUCAUGAAGAGUCUAGACACAUGUUGGCACAGAUGUUUGAGCGCAAAGUGAACCUUAUGGCGGGGCCCCGGGGUCCCAUGAGCCCCCGGGGCUCUUGCAUAAACUGCGUUGCGACGUCAUUGUAUGCCUGUUGAAGGCGAAUGAUGCGGCGAUCUGUUUUUAAAAGUUUCGUCUCUUCUUGCGCGUUUGUCCUCGCUGCCGCUUGGGACGACACGACAACAGAAUCAUCCGUGGGCAGGUGGGUCGCGGCGUUUUAUGUGCGUGGUGGGACGGAGUCGCCAAAAAAUAAAUGGAAUUAAUUACGAUUUUGACUGCCGUUUAUCCGGGACGCCGGGGUCCCCGCCAUGCUGUUGUACGGCAAUCCCAUUUUGAUUCCGUGCUCGUUUUACCCGGACGAGCGUCCGCCAAUUGGCGAGUCGUUCUUGACAGAUGCAUUUCGUCUCUCGUUCGGCUCUCGCUCGUGGUACAGUCCGUUCUGCUAUAUGUUGUUUUCGUGAUGCAAGUUGGAUAUGACGCGAUGAAUGUAUUAGGGAACACUUUUUUUUAUAUAUAUAACGCGGAUGGGAAUUGGAUAUUACGCGAUCGAGCGACUGGAACUACGUCGUGCGUGUGGGAAUGAGCAUCAUACGACGCGGGAUGCUUCUGGAUGCGACCCAGGCAGAGCUUGCCGCAGAGCCGUGUGGAUCGCAGGGCCCCCGUGCCCCCCCCCCCACCAUCCACCGCUGCACACCACCAUGUUCGGUUUCCACCGUCCCAAAAUGUAUCGCAGCACUGACGGAUGCUGCAUCUGCAAGGCCAAGUCUUCGAGCUCUCGCUUCACGGACAGCCGGCGUUACCAGGGCGACUUCAAGAGCUGCUUUGGGCUCACAGAGGCGCGCACUGGAGACAUCUGCAAUGCCUGCGUGCUGCUCGUCAAGAGGUGGAAGAAGCUUCCAGCCGGGUCCACUCGCAACUGGAAUCACGUGGUUGAUGCAAGGGCUGGCCCUGGGCUGAAGGUGGCAAUGAAGCCCAAAAAAAUGAAGUCCCCGUUCGUCGGACCCAAGAGUGUGGGCCAGAUUCACCGCAUCAAGCAGCAGCUCAAGAGACAGAGCUCGGAUGCGCACAGCACCGCAUCGAGUGCAUCGCCAUCGCAGUCUCCCAGCUACAGCCCCCACUCGGACGAGGGCUCCGACGUGGAGCUGGGCCACUCCAGCACGCCCGACCCAGCCCUCGCCUGUCUCGACCGCUCCUACUGGAAGAGGCAGAAGGUGUGCUGCGGCAUCGUGUACAUGGGGCUGUGCGGGGAGGUGCUCAUCGACCCGCACCUCUUUAAGCCGUGCUGUGGGGACCGCCCCCCAGCCAUGCCGCCGCCCGCUACCCCCGUCAUCGCCGCCGCCGUCGCCACCGCAGCUGCCAUAACGGGCAGCCCAGCGGCUGCUGCUGCCGCCGCCCUCGCCGCCAAUCCCGUAACACCGCAGCUCCGCGACGACGAAGAGGACUGGUGAAACGGCGCUGGCCACCGUCGCGCCUUCCAUUCCUCCUUCCAGUCGGAGCAUGGGCUGUGGCGCGCGUGUGUUGUGUGUCGAGUGAGUGAGUGAGUGCGUACGUGCACGUGCGCGCACACGUGUUGUAUAUUUCCAAAUCGAAACGAGCAGCUGUGAGGCAUUGGGGGUGGGGUGUGCAGCCCGUAGACUGUGGUGGGGAAACCUGCAAGACAACAAUAAGCCGCACCUCCGAUUAGCACGGUUGGCUACGUACGGUGCGAAAGAAGUUCAACGUACGUACAUGCAUGCAUACAAGUUAGGCGUUCGAGUAAACGAGCGAGCCUUUGUGCGUAGUGCACUGUGCAAACAGCUCCCUCCUUCCUACUUACGUGUCGCAUUGACAAAUAGUGCCCACACACCACUGGUCACCUGCUGCUGUAUUUGCAGUGCGUUGGUUACAAUUGGCAAUCCAGAUUGUGCUGAUCAGGGUUCACCGAUUGGGCCUGCCGAUCGAUGUGCAGACACAGAGAUGCAUCGUGCAGUGCAAUCUUUAUUUCACGAAACAUUCAAAUACAAAUAUCCCGGUGCAGAGGUUUGUUAAUUUUCGUGUCUUGCCAUCGUCACCCAGUGAUCGUCAGGAGGCGUACUCGGACGUCAUCGUGAAAUUCCACAAAGUCAUCGUUUUGUUUCACAUUUUUUGCAUAGGUGGUAGUUUGUUUAUUGUCCACUGAAAUGGAGGCAAUGUAAGUGAAAAACUUUAGUUUUGAUUGAUAAGGAGGUCUUAAACAACAAAAAACUCAACGCAUUCAUCAUCGGUGUGCAGUCGAGUAAAUUCGUAUCGUCAUUACCUUGAUUUUCGUGACUAAUUUUUGACAAAUGCUGCACGCAAUAUGUACUGCUAACUUAUGGGGUAUUCAUUGACAUUUUGACUGCAGCCUUUCUUAGAACUACUGUCGAAAAUGUGGUACUACUGUACGAAAGCGUACGCUUUGACAAACCAGAGCGUUUCUCAAUGAAAAAUCUUAUUCUUUCAAAAGCCGUAUAGGAUUGUUUUAAAUUCCGAUAGAAAUUAAAACUACGCUCAGUUUAGCGCCACAUUUCCCAACGCCCCCUGAUGAGCCCUUGGAUCACAUGACCGCACCACAUAGCCACUCACGUGUCAGUGUUGGACUUUGUCGUGCGCACUAAAGCCGACUGCCAUGCUCACUCGAUUAGAAUAGCGUACGUAAUUUACAUGUGUUAAUGCGCCACAAAUCGUGUGGAUCUGUACAGCCUAUCCAUGGAACCUCCCGAUUCAACCUUCCACGUCGCCAAUGGUCGACCAUCAACCGAAACAGGACCUGAUAUGCACAAAUGGCGCAUCAAAGAUUCGGCGGCCUGCGAGUGCGGCCACGAAUCCCAAACCUUCGACCACAUCGUAAACAGCUGCUGUCUUCACUCCUUUAAAGGAGGAACGUACGAGAUCCACUCUGCGUCUGAACAGAAAUCUAAAGCCACAUCUUUAAUCUGCUGCUAUUAAUCCAUACGAAAGAAGAAUGCGAAAAUACCCGGUAGGCAGCUUAUCUCUAGCGGUGGUUUAAAGGUAGUUUUGGUGAUGAUGAUGGCGAUGAAUGUGGUGAGUUUUUGUAUUGAUAAGCGAAGGAAUGUUUUAUUUAGAGCAACAAUGACUGCAGGCUCGGGUAUUUGAGACCUCUGAUCUCUCUAAGACUGCCUCGGGAAGCAAGUGUGUUUUGCUAUUGUGCAUUAGUUUUGGAUUUGAAGCAGUAUUUUAUAUCUUUCGUGUUAUUUUUUAAGAAUCUGUCAGAAAUCUGCCUUUAUUUAGAGCCACGAUCGCUUGUGGUUAUGGCAAUAGGAUUCCCUCACUCGUUCUCAACAGUCGCCCACCUUUGUUUAUUCUAUUUGUUUAUGAACACUGCCCUCAGUGGUUCUCUGCCCAAUUGUGAUUUCGUCCCACCGCAGUCCCACCGUCUCCAAGGGGCACUAGAAAUAAUCUGCCUAUUAAAUGAAUGCUGCCAGGCCUAUUGUUAUUUUGGUGGUUGCUUCUCAAUGUAACCUUAAGGUCGUUUCAACACGCUCUCUCGUCUCCUGCAAUUAGAGCCGUUGCUCUCAAAAUACUUGGACGUCAGAGUUCACAUCGAGGCUGGCCAAAUGUUAAAUAACAAUUCCUCUUGCUUGCAAAAACCAUAAUGUGAAGAGCAACACUGCCUUCCGCAUUGGCAAAAAAACAUCUGCAUAGACGUUUCCCCAUCGUGUGAAAUACGUAUUUGCUGGGCGAUUUGGCGGAGGCCAUAGCGUGGGUAUUGAGUUCAGUGUCAGAGAUAUACGGUCGUUGUUGAUUUCAAGGUCUUCCUAGGGUGAAUGUUGAGUUUUAUGUCUGGUCUCUGGUCUCGAUGUUGACAUCUAUGACUUAGCCCUACCAGUUUUUGGUGCAGUAACAUUCACUGCGAAUGGCUGCCCCUGUUAGUAUUGAAGAGUACUGCACCAAAAGGAUUGGCUGUCAGCAGGCGCUUCCGGAUGAGUCUGUGUGUGUGUGCGCGGCUGGAUUAAUUUCCCAGUGUUCCCUUGUACGUUUACUGCAACCAACUGUGUUUUUUCAUCCUCAUUGCUUUCUGCCCGUGCCUUUUGUACAGCGGGGUAGUAAUGCCCCCCUCCAGAUGCAAACGUUCUCCUAAUGCAAGGCCCUCCUGCGUCAAAGACGGGAGGGGGCCCCCGCACCUUUUGCAGGUCAAACUCGUUGAGUGAAUGUGUGUGACGGUCACGACACACAAACGGAACAGGCCCCGGACCUGUGGCUCUCGCUGCGGUGUUUAGCGUGCGCGUGGAAAUCUGAUGAGAAAUGGCGAAUAUCUUUUUAAAAAAAAAAACACCGCCAAACUCAGGACUGAAUUGUGCGUAUAUAGACGGCAACCUUUUAAUAGUGCCAUUCGUAUUUUUCUACUUAACGAAUUUCGUCAGACUCGCCUUGUUCAGGGAUUCUGGGUGAGGGGGGAACUGCAGAUGUUACCGAGUAGUGUAAAAUAUUUAAAAGCGAACGAAGAUGUUCUCGUGAAAGGUGUUGAUUUAUAAUGUCACUGUGCUUUUAAGCAUAGGCAUUUCGUCGAGCUUAUUUCCGUUUUGCAUGGGAAACGCUUCGAAAACGGUUAAAAGUAAGAGAUAUCAAAUAUAGUCAUUUACAAUAACGUUUUAAAGAACUGUUGCCAUGCUUUAUAUAAAUGCUGCCACUUGGUGUAGGGUUCUUCAUUAGCAGUGUAAAGAUAAUUAGCGGCUUUUAAACGAUUCUGAUGCUUUUAGUCUUGACUGGUGUUGAACAUCGCCGGUAAUUUUGGCUGAUUUAUACUGUUAAGUUGGAGUCAAAGGGAAGCUUAUUCAGUCCGAAGUAGAGUAAAUGUUUCUCCUUCCGUGUGAUCAGCAAUAUGUUACUGGCUGAAGAUGAAGUUAAGCAGUGCAGCGUGGCGUCUGCAUUCGUGUUGAUUGCAACUUUGUUUAUAUUCCUGCUGUUGCACUUCCCAUGUGGGCCGUGUUGUGUGGCACGUGGGCGCGUGCCUCGCAAGUGCAGGCAUCGCCCGAGGCCGGCUUUGAAAGCGACGCAUGUUCGUACGUGCGGCGGGUGGGACUGUUUGGCAGGGACAAAGUCGCGUGGCUCUGGCGGCGCUGUCAAGGGUAACGGCGGCGAAUGCAUCCGCCGCGAUGAACGACGUUGGUUUUUUUUUAUUUUCGAACUGCCACGAAGAUUCACAAAUGUAAUAACAAUCCAAAUACAUAUCGCAAUCUGAUUUGGACAUAACAGCUCGGUGCUGCGCAAAUCGUUUGGUAAAAAAAACAAAAAACACCUGCACAACGAUUUGUGUAAAUGUUUCGACGUUGAACUGAAUUUUGUGGUGUUGUUUGGGAUGCCCUAAUGAAUGCAUGUGAUAUGAGUUCACACUGUUUAACUUCACUUUGAGCAAAUGAGCUCAUGGCAGCUUCUUGUGACAGUUGGGGGGGGGGCUGUGCUUUGUGAUGGAGUGGAUCUGCACAGUCUAUUAAUAUUUAAGCUUUAAAUUAUUCUUUCUGGUUGAGAAAAAUUGUAUUGCUUGGGUUUACAGUUAUGACUUCUAUUUGUUCAUAUUAUCAAUUUAAAAUGCAGUCUUUAUUUAUUGAGUUUAAUAUUUGGUGUAUAUAGUCAUUGCAUGAUGUCUAUCAUUCAGAUUUUUUAAAAAUGUCAUGAACAAAUGUCAUUUUCACAUUGAGCCAUUUUAACAGAAUAUCAGUUUGCAAUCUCAGCCUAGGAAAGCCACAUCGAGCCUCAUACGUGCCGAUUUAAACAAAUGACAUGUCACGAACAAUCGCCAUCAGUAAGGCCUAGCUAUUUUUCAGAAGCGACCUGGCUAUCACAAAUGACAUCUCAGAAGAAGCUCAACGUGUGGAAAUGUAUUGCAGCCAAAUGCUCUAAACGCACGUUUCUAACUGGAGGCUGGAAAACCGUUUCCCUCUUUAAUAAUAUUAAUGAUAAACAAUACGUCCGCUUGAUUACAUUUGGACUUGUUCUUUGAGUCGCUAAUGCAAGUCUUAGACUUUAAUUACUCAUGUUUUGGAGUAGCAUUUACACUCGGGUGUUAGUACCAAUCGCAUCUUCCCAGUUGCCAACCAAGGUCUUGGGAAUAAAUCACAUCUGGUUUACGCUACCUAAAGAGAACCUCACCCAUUGCCUCCUCGAGAAGAAAUGUACUGUGGUAAUUAUCUCCUUAACACCCUUUCCCUCUGACCAGGUUUACCUGGGCAUGGCCUGAUGGAAGACGUCACGAUCCAAUUCUGGCACUCGCCAUGCCCAUUUCAACUUGAUUUGGCUUUCCGGCGGAUCGCACGUUGCAGCGUUGUUUUUGAGUUUGGCUGUCAGUGCAUGGUGGGCAGCUAAGUAAUUGACCAAAACCUGUCGAUGGUGAAAAGGGGUAGUGGAUAAACCAUUGCAACCUGGCUUUUGGAGUAUGGUAUUUCAGAUCAUUUUUGCUCUGCCUGGCAUGGGGUUAGGGGUGGGGGAGAGGUGUAAGUGAGCAUGCUGAAAUGUAUCAAUGUGUCUUAAUACUUAAUGCAGUAAAACUCAUCAAAGUGCGUUUAAAGAGGAAAGGUGCCGUUUUAAAUUGACUUAAAUAAGCAGUUCUGCAGUGUCAUGCUGGAGCUGUUUUUUUAUCAUGUGUGUGCCAUAGAAGGGCAUUUUAUAAUGGCAUAAAAAAAUGACUGGUAACAUAAAUUCAGUGUCAUUGUUGGUAAAAAUGUAAAGUGUACCAUGAAAAAUGGGAUAAAUGCAAAAAAAAUGUUUUUCGAGUCGAUAAAAGUCUGCAUCAUUUCACGUAGUGUGCAUCAUUUCACGAAGUAAAUGCAGCACUCAUCGAUGUACUAUUUGUGAGGUUUUUUUUUCCGCCGUCAUGAACCAGUUUGGGCGGGACGGACGCCUGUAAAAGAGCUUCAUAGUUAACCGGGUUUGUCCAGCUGAACUCACGUCUGUCUCAUUUGCUUUGGAGACUAUUCUAAGGUACAUUUUCAUGCCUUGACCAUCUCUCUAUUGGAGGCAUUGCUGAUGACGGUCUGUAGGAGAGAUUUUCUCUAUACCACAGUAUUUCUGUUUAAUGUGGGCUUGUUUUAUCUGGAAGUGUGGGGACAGGCCGUUUUGGUCCCAUUUUUGUUUUAAAUGGCGUUGUGCAGUAAUGAGCGUCAGAAAGUGUUUUGACACUUUGUCAAAGUAGGCAUUUAAAUGUUUCCCUUGGCUAGUUUUGUACAGUUUUGUAUUUGGAAUAUUUUUGUAAGCAUUUUGAAACUUGUUUAAUGUGUUAUUUUAAUAAAGACUUUUUCAAGCA